CACUUGUUUCAUUUUCCGCUAUUAGGUUUUUAAGAGGCACAUAUUGAGCAGCCUUGCGUAAUCUUUUUCUUGCGCUACUUGGCACGGCAACGAUUGCCGACACAGGUGGAAGCAUUACUACAUUGGCAAUCCUUGGAGCAAAAAUCGUCAUCGGCAGCAAAGGACAAGCCAGAUGGUGUGUAGGAGACAUCGUCAAAUACUACUUCCACAACGUCAUUUGAUGCCAGACCUGCAGGCGCAAUUGGUCCGAGAGAGUUCCACAAGUUGAGCCGAAUUUCCACAUUACCACUUGGCAUACACUGGAUGUAAUCCGGCGUGCCAGCAUCCAAGGCAAGUUGUGUUGUCAAAGAAUAGCUCUGUCCUCCACCGGCCGUCGAACUCCAAUCAAUCCGAUUUGGAUUCCAGGUGAAGUCGAACUUGUGACCACCUUGAUCGUAGCUCCCCGACGACCCCGAAAAAAAGCGGUACAUUUGUGGGGACCCCGGAGGCUGGACAAGAAAUUGAGUGUCUGCGUUGGAUUCUUCGUUCCACCGGGAGAUCUCCACAUCCACUUCGUGAUUGUAAUUUUCGUGAGUUGCGUAGUCUUCGGUGUCAUCCCAAGUAAACAUACCCAAAACCAGCUCUUUCGGCAAAAUAUCAGACAAGACGACCCCCGAUGCAUCCUUGACGGCAAUUGACUUGACGGAAAAUUGGUACUUUCCAUAGCCGUAGACUUCACUAUUGGGAAGAAGUAUGCGGACUUCGCUUGCUUGGCCGUUUUUGAACUGAAGCGAAAGAUCGUCGCCAUUCACGACGAUAUUCUCUUCCACAAAACGAUUGUUACCUGGUCCACACAAGCCGUUUGAACGAUCUGUUUUGACCUGUACAGUCAAAUUAUUCCACAUUGUAAAGGAAACGCGGUCGUUCUCAUCCGGAAAGCAAUAAAGGACGUGCGGCAAGUUGCUGGUAGGUGCGCCCGCGGGCGGUUCUGCCGCUGUGUUGCAUUGGGAGGGAUCACAGUCGCGGCAUUCGCGCGGAAAUUCAAAUCCAACACGGCGGCACGCAUCCGCUUGCGUUGGGUAGACUCUGGCCAUUGCAGUUGAGAGCCAUUGGAUGCGGGCACCACACGUGUACUGCCCCGCGAAAGUGUUCCACGCUGUUUCUGAGCAAGAUUGGCAACCACAAGCGAUCGUCUGAUCCGGAUCAUCAGCGGCCUCCUUGGAAGGGAUCGAGGUGAGAAGACCUGUAGGUACUUCGGUGGGAAGACUCGCUAUUGGACUUGUGGGGGGUGUGGUAGGACUUUCUGUCGGAAACAGAGUUGGCCGUUUGGUUGGGAUCGGAGUGGGCCAUUCUGUAGAAACCGGAGUAGGCCAUUCGGUAGGAACAGGAGUGGGGCGCUGGGUAGGAACGCUAGUGGGAAGCUUUGUUGGACGAGGUGUUGGGCUGCGGGUGGGGGCAGGUUGCUGCAUGGGAAUCGGGACGGAGGGAUCGCAAGCGCCACACUCAAUCGGAAACUCAAAAACCACUCGUCGACACGCAUCCACUUCAGUGGGAUAUGCAUUCGCCCGAGCUGUCUUCAGCCAGGUGAUUCGUUCUCCGCAGGUAUGCGCCCCUGCCUUGGUGUUCCAAAUCGUGUCUGUACAUGUCGACGUCGCACAACGAGCGUCGGGCUGUUCCGGAUCGCCAGGAGUUAUGUUGUCGAGGCUGCAAACCGAGGAUACGUCACACCUUCCACAUUCUGUAGGAAACUCAAAGGCUACGCGCCGACACGCUUCGACUAGAUUUGGAUACUGAUUGGCGCGAGCCGUCGCCAGCCAAUGCAUUCGAUCUCCACAAGAGUGUGCUCCGGCUUUGUUCUUCCAAACCGAAGUGCGGCAACCUAGGCAUUCACAAUCGAUGGAUUCGGCUACAUGCCUAUGCACAAGCGAAGGUGACAGUAAAGAAUUACCGGUAACUUUUAGGCCAGGAUCUUUCACGCCGUUGGACCAGGACACUACCACGACUGCAAAUCCGACCAAUAACGCGGUCUACGAUGCUGUCACGGCCCUCUUAUUGAACGUGACGAUCAUCGGAUGCCUCUUGCUCGCGUAUUACGUCAAAAAGUUUCGAAUUUAUACAUUGCCCGAGUCCGCUGGCGCUUUGCUCGUCGGUAUUGCGGUGGGAGGCAUCGCGCGUUUGUCCACCGACAAUCUACAACUGUGGGAAUUCAGUCCCGAAGUGUUUUUCUUUGUACUGCUACCGCCGAUUAUUUUUGAGGCGGGCUACUCGCUCAAGCGCAAAGACUUUUUUGACAACAUUGGCGCCAUAACUUUGUAUGCUAUGUUUGGAACAAUCAUAAGCACCUUCGUUGUAGGAGGGCUUUCCUUCUAUGCUGCCCGCCUUGGUCUCAUACAAAAUGUGGAUCACGAGAAUCCGAUGGAAAGCCUGCUUUUUGGUAGUCUCAUUUCCGCCGUUGAUCCAGUCGCCACGUUAUCCAUAUUGGGUAGCGACGAGAUUGGUUGUUCACCUCAAUUAUACUAUCUGUGUUUUGGAGAAGCUGUCUUGAACGACGCCGUCGCCAUUUCCUUAUUCCACGUCUUUGCUCGUUACUACAAGCAGGACGGCCCCGAAUGGAGCGAGGCCGAAAUCCCUUCAGCGCUGCUCUACUUUAUGACAACAUCCAUUCUUUCCAUUGGAGUUGGGGUGGGGCUUGGACUACUGGCCAGCUUUUUGUUCAAGCACACGGAGCUCUCGAGGUAUCCGAAUCUUGAAACAUCCUUGCUCUUUAGUUUCUGCUAUCUCUGUUACGCAACCGGCGAGGCGGUAGGCCUAUCCGGAAUCAUGGCCUUGUUUUUCCAAGGUGUGGUACUCUCACACUAUAAUGCCUACAAUCUCUCUCCGAUGGCACACGUGGCGUCCGAACAAAUUUUUGCAACUCUAGCGACCAUUAGUGAGACGGCCGUAUUUUUGUACAUGGGCAUGGGAGUUUUCACGGGCCGCUUUGAGAAUUACGAUUUUCGCUUUGCUGUACUGGCCUUGAUAUUCUGCUGGCUAGGGAGAAUGUUGAAUAUUUUCCCGUUGUCAUGGUUGGCGAAUCGCUGUCGAAAUCGGUCCAACAAGAUCCCGAUCGAAAUGCAGUGUGUGUUGUGGUUUGCCGGUCUGCGAGGGGCAAUCGCGUUCGCGCUGGCCAUGAACAUGCCGGGGCCUAACAAAGAUGCGUAUGCCUCUGCUACAUUAUCGAUAUGUAUCUUUACCACUGUUGUCUGCGGUGGUCUAACGGAGGGUAUGCUCACUGCGUUUGAUAUGAAA